AUAGAUAAGCAUGGGCAGAGAGAAUUCCAUAUCUUCUAUUCUAUACCUUUCCAUUGGCUGUCUACGGCAUGAUUGAUUUUGGACAACAAUGCUCGCUGUCAACAAAGUAAAGAUGUGACGGCAAGAUUGCACGUCACAUUGCAAACAAACCAAAUGGCCAACUACCCAGUACCCACCCCUUUUAUCCAGAACUAUGACGUUGGUGUCAGAGUAUGUGUAGUGAAAAAGACCCCCCUUCCACUGCAGGGGCUUGAUGAGAAUGGGAACGCCAAGAGACACAAAGGAGAAGGGGAGGAGGAUGACGAGAUGGGCAAAGAUGCGAUCAUCACGUCGUCGUGGCCGGGAUCAUUCCAGAGACCAUCCGCUUUCCGUCCCUGGUCACCGAGCAUCCUCAACAAAGAGGGUGCCGGCAAGAUGGGCCUGCUUCCUGACCAUGGCACAGUUCUCGUCAGAGACAGCCGUGGGAUGCCAACCUACCUCAGCAUGGGACCACCAGUCCUCCUCAAUCCAGAGAGAGUGGUGCCCCACACUGCAGCUUCCAAAUUUGACAGCCAGUUUGCACCUAAUGUUGCCUUGGCGCCACCCUUGAAACUAUCGCCAUCGUCCAAAGAAUCCAUGUCGCCAGAUGGAGAGAAAGAAAGGGACAUAAAAUGCGAAGACCUUGACAUCCAUCCGGAGAGCACGAUGGACCAGGAGAUUGAGAUGGUUAAGAAGAUGCUUCUUGAGAGCGAUGCUCUGGACACCAGGGCAGGACGGGAGAAACUCCUCCAUGAGCUUGCUAGGAUACGCAUCAGGCAGGAAGAGAGAUUGCAGGAUGCCCUCGCAGCCAAGAGGAAUUACCAACAGGAGAUGGAGUUUCUGAGACUCACCAAGAAAGACAAAAUGAGGGAGGCCAUGGAAUCCAAGCGAUCACUACGCAAAGAGCUUGAUCGGGUCCGGAUCGAGUAUGAGAGGAAGCUUAGAGAGUCCAAUGACUCCCGCCAGCGCCUCAAACGAGACCUUGAGCACGCCAGGAGCCGACGGAACGAAAAGUCCAAUGAGAUCGGAAGGGACAAUGAACGCCUGGUCUCUCAGAAUGAAUACCUCAAGGAUCGGGUGAGGGAUCUUGAGGAAGAGAGAGACCAGCUCCGGAGAGAGCUCCAGAGGUACCAACAUGAGAAGGCGGACGAGUCCAAGGACGGGGAGAAGGGGAAGGGCGAGAAGAAAGAGGAAAUGUUAGAGAAGGGAGAAAGAUUAGACCAAUCAUCAAAUAGAGACAGUAGUUUAGACUGUGAUGGACAGAAAGUGGUGGAGAAAAAGAUGGUCGAGGUGAAGAAAGAGAAGGAAGACCUUGAAUCCUCAGAGAAAGUGAAAGAUGGCAUUGAUAGGUCUCCUCCACAAAGAGAUGUCUAGUUGUCCCCAUUCAGAUUGAUUCCAACAUCAGUUCUUGAUCAGAAAAGGAGAUGACAGACUCUGGUGUUCAUUGGAAACCUCAGAUUUUAUGGGUCAUUGCAAGUUAGGAGCAUCUUGGCUGUGUAGCCGUAUGUCAUAGAAAGCUGGUGUUGCCAUGCUAGAGCUUGCGGCCAUGUCGCGCCAACAAACCGCAUCGUGAAAGAGACGUAGUGCCUGAGUUUGUAUCUACCCUCUUUCCUAUAAAGCUUGUGUGAAGAAGUAAACCCUUGUCACUUAUCUUGACGUCCAAUGCUUUGUGUAAAUACUGUCAAGCGCUAUCUUUGUGUGAGUUUGAUCCCAAAAUGUGACUUGAUGAAAGUCCACCGCUGUAAUUGGGCAUAACCACUGACUGAUCCUUGCAUUUUUUUAUCCCUUGCAACCCUUCUAUCUCUACAGUCAUAUGCAUCUACAUUUCAGAGAUAUGUCCAAGAAUUUGGAUAAUCUAUGUAACAAAUUUAUGAACAUAUAUAUAUAAUAAAUAUAUAUAUAUAUAUGUAGAUAUACAAUAUACAUGAUGCGGUGUAUAUUCAAUUUUUAGAUUUUUGUUGCCAGCUUUUUGAAAAUCUUGUUUAUAAAAGACUAAGGUCACUGCCAAUGAGUAACAUUUAUUUGUUUCCUAGAUAUGUUUUCAUGAAUGUAUAUUUGAAUUCUUGGUCAAUGUUAUGACAUAUGUUUUAUUCAUGACAUAGUAUUGUAUGAUUCAAUUCAGAGGAUGAGGAUUUUUUUUGUUCUUUUUAAUUGCUAUUUGUUUGAUGUUUUCUGGUAUAUUUCUUUGCCUAAAGAGGAUUAGAAUACUAGUAUGAUGUAUGUUUAUUGAAUAUUCAUUAUAUUUAGAUUUUUUUCUUUCUAUAUUUCUAGAUGGAAGUAUGCAUGAAUUUUAUUGUUUGUUCAUUGUUAUUAUCUGCAGCUGGAAUUUGUUCUAAUUUUGAAUCUGAAGAAAAAGAAAUGCCUAACUUCCUUAAAAAUUUUACCUCAUGUUUUUGGGCAAAUCGGUGCGAUAUUUUUAUCUUGCCUUACAAAACGAUUGUAAAAAAAAAUCUUUCGCUUCACCGUCUAUUAUGAAUGUGAAUUAAAUACCUCUGUAACUUUGAAGUUUCACUUCGGGAGUUAACAUAUUUUGAAAGUUUUGAUUGAGACUAACCUGAUAAUCACCUCCUAAACGUGCAUGCCAAUCUAAAUUCUAUUUUCUCUUUCUUCGUGUGAUUAGAUGAUACCUUUAUACACCAAUAAUGGUUACCUUUCUGACUGACAGGAAGGCUGCUUGGUGUAGAAUAUCUUUCUGUUGGAUAAAGUCUGUUUGGUAUCCAUUGCACCCACCUGAAUAGGGGGGUAAAUCGUCUUCUGCUUUGUUUUUAUUUUUUAAAUCUUCGUGUAAACCAUGUCGUACUCCUCUUCCACUGUUGUUCUGUUUUUGUGGCUUUUUGUUGCAAAAUAAGGAAAGGUUUCCUUUUUAAAAAAUAAGGGGUCCAGAAAUUUUUUGGGAAUCUGAAUGCAUAUUCCUUGUGAAGGGAGUGAAGUGGGGACAUAAAAGAAGCAUUUUAUUGAUUUAAAUUUUGCAUGCUUUCCUUAGUGGUUGCAUGAAAAAAUGCAUCCAUUGUUUUUGGGGUCAAACUCUAAAUUUAGGUACUGUGAAGCUUUUGUUUGGUUUACAUGAUAAAUGGAAGUAUUUCUUUCUGAUCGCAGUCACCAUAAUUAAACUGUAAAGUUAAAAAAAAGAUGUAAUAGAUAUUUUUUUCAAUAAAUAUCCAUUGGAUUAAACACAAAGUCAAAGCAUUGUACUGCUAGAAAUCUACAAAAGACUGGAUUUAAUUUUGUUUAUAUGAUGAAAAGACAUUUUUGAUUUGAGAGUGAUGUCUGGACAAUCCCAUUUUAUAUUAUUUUAGGAAUUUCUCAAGUACUGAAGAAGGAAUGAAAAUUAAACUCGAGCAGCACAAAAUUUGGAGGUGAAUGCCAGGAUCGUUGAUCAUGCUUUUAACUAAACUGGAGCACAAGAGUGGAAAAAGGGAGAUAAAAAUGCUCUAAUUUGAUAUCAGGAAACAAAAAUUAUAAUUAGUACUUGUCCUGAUAGAAGAUAAAGAAUUACUAUAGUUUUGGUGAAACUCAAUGUUCUUUAUUUUCUGUCUUUUUGUUGCGUUUUUUGUACAGCUUUGGAAACCAAUUGUGUUGGUCCCAUGCUUUGAAAUAGAGUGAGAGAAUAAAACGGGUAACUUUUGAUUAUUUUAUUGUUAUUUUAUUGUUUACUAGCGUCAUUUUUCGCUGUUUCUUAUUAGUCUUGUAAUUUGGAAUAUUUUCAAUCGAGUUGAUAGCUUUUGAUGGGUGUAUUAAGUAAUGUGAUCUUUUAUCUUUUGGUUCCUAUUUGGAUCCUAUUUGGAUCAUUGAGAAAAAUCAAUGUAUUUUUAAUGAAAUAUCAGCAUUGAAAUUCGUUGAGUAGAAAACAGUUUGUUGAUAGUCUAUGUCAUGUCCUCAUUUCCUAUGCCUAUAUAUUGUACUACAGUGAACUAUGAUUUUUGAAAUGUGUGGCAUAGUUUCUGAGCUGAGGAAAAACAAUCUGAAAAGCUGAUUUGCUUGUAAAGAAUUUUACGUAGAUACAGGGAUAGAUACAUUAAAAUAUAUCACCGUGCAUGUAAAUAUAUAUAUAUAGAUCAUAUAUGAUAACAGAAAUAUACUAUAUAAAGAGUGAAGCAGUAUUAUGGCUAGGUAAUGACUUGUGCGUCGAGUUCUGAUUCUUUAUCUCUCAUUCCCCCGUAUGUGUAUAAAAGAAAUGUUUGAAGGAUUUAUCCCACGGUAGCACGUUCCUUAUGUUUUUUUUUGUAUUGGAAUAUUGAAAUUUAAGUUCAUAUUGUAUUCACAUUGGGAAAUUCAAGAUUUUCAUGUUCUUCAGAUCUUCUUAACCAAACCUUAGCCUUGGGAAAGUUUACUGCCUUAAGAGCAAUCCAGUGCGUUUAACUUUAUUUCCUGUGAACGUAGAAAUCCCCCCCC